AAACGGGACAGAGAGGCAGCGAGAGGCCGACAGAGGGAUUCGUCCCCCAGGGUGGUUUGACAGGGCUCCAUCAGCUGACUUCAGGUGACUCGUAGGUGUCAGAAUGUCAAAAUCUUUCAGUCCUGAGGAGAUAAAGGAGAUAAAGGAGGCUUUUCAGAAAGUGGAUGCUGAUGGCAAUGGCUACAUCAGUGCCCAUGAACUUGGCAGUCUCUUCCGAGAGGUUGGCUGUCCAGUCCCUGGAUAUCAGCUCAGGCAACUCCUCGAGAAGCUGGACAUAAACCAGGACAGCAAAAUUGAAUUAUCGGAGUUCGAGGCUAUCUUCAAGGACCUGAAGGAUGACCGCAUGGCCCAGAGUUUCAAGAGCGCUCUCAACAAGAAACAAGGCAUUGUAGCCAUCGGGGGCACCAGCGAGCUCUCAAGUGCAGGAACUCAACAUUCAAUCUCUGAGCAGGAACGCUUCGCCUUUGCCAACUACAUCAACUCUGCUUUGGAGAAAGAGCCAGACUGUAAGCACGUUCUACCCAUUAACCCCAACACUGAGGACCUGUUCAGAGCUGUCGGAGAUGGCAUCGUGCUCUGUAAACUCAUCAACCUCUCUGUGCCUGACACCAUUGAUGAGAGAACCAUCAACAAAAAGAAGCUCACUCCUUUCACCAAACAGGAGAAUCUGAACUUGGCUCUGAAUUCGGCUUCAGCCAUCGGGUGUCAGGUCGUCAACAUUGGAGCGCAAGAUCUGAAGGAGGGCAAACCUCAUCUGGUGCUCGGGCUCCUCUGGCAGAUUAUCAAGAUUGGACUGUUUGCUGAUAUAGAGCUGAGUCGCAAUGAAGCUAUUGCAGCGUUGCUAGAGGACGGGGAGAGUCUGGAGCAGUUGAUGAAACUCAGUCCUGAAGAGCUACUCCUCCGCUGGGCCAAUUUCCAUUUAAAGAAAGUUGGGAUGUCCAUAUCAAACUUUUCCAGCGAUGUCAAGGACUCCAAGGCAUACUUCCACCUGCUUGAGCAGAUUGCCCCAGAUGGCAGCAAAGAGGGCGUUCCUCGAGUUGACAUUGAAAUGACUGGUCUAUAUGAGAAGGAUCCUACAAAGAGAGCAGAGUGCAUGCUGCAGCAGGCCGACCGUCUGGGCUGCCGGCAGUUUGUAACUGCUGCCGAUGUCGUGAGUGGAAACGCUAAGCUCAACAUGGCCUUUGUGGCUACACUCUUCAACAAACACCCGGCUCUCACUAAACCAGAGAACCAAGACUGGAAUGUGGAGAGUGAGACCAGGGAGGAGAGGACGUUCAGGAACUGGAUGAACUCUCUUGGUGUCUCUCCACAUGUUCAUCAUAUCUAUGGUGAUCUGCAGAAUGCCAUGGUGAUUCUGCAGCUUUAUGAAAAGAUUAAGGUACCAGUGGACUGGGACAACAGAGUCAAUCAUCCUCCAUUCAAAACAGGAAGUGGCCAUUUAAAAAAGAUUGAAAACUGCAACUACGCUGUGGAGCUGGGAAAGAAAAAAGCCGGUUUUUCCCUGGUGGGCAUUGGUGGACAGGACCUGUACGAUGGAAAUGCUACUCUGACCCUGGCGCUGCUGUGGCAGCUGAUGAGGAGGUAUACAUUUAAUGUCCUUGAAGACCUUGGACAUGGAGUAGUUGCUGGAGAUGAUUUGAUCAUUUCAUGGGUCAACAAGACUUUGUCUGAUGCUGGCAAGAGUUCAUCUUUUAAAAACUUUAAGGACAAAACGAUCAGUAGCAGUCUUCCAGUUCUCGAUCUGAUAGAUGCCAUCCAGCCACAGAGUGUGAACUUUGUGCUGGUUAAAAAGGAAAACCUGUCAGAUGAAGACAAGCUGAACAAUGCCAAGUACGCCAUCUCCAUGGCGAGGAAGAUUGGCGCCAAAGUCUACGCCCUGCCUGAAGACUUGGUAGAGGUCAACCCCAAAAUGGUGAUGACCAUCUUCGCCUGCCUGAUGGGGAGAGGCAUGAAGAGAGUUUAAAGGAGACACCUGUACACUCACACUCUCUGAUAGGUGUUCUGCUAGAGCAGUGACUAGUCAAGGGUUAGGCCGUGUUAAAGGGGAAACCUGUUAAGAAAAUAAAAAUUAAGUCUUGAGUUAUGACACAUGGGAAAUAUUCAAAAAUAAUAACUACUUUGCACCUCUCAGUCCCACUGAAAGCAAAAAAAUCAAAAUGAUUUUUUUAGUUUAUCACUUGCUGCUGUUCCUCCUUCCCUGGACCUAUUUAAUGAUUUCUCAGCAGUUUUACCCUCUAAAUUCCCCAUGUGUCAUUUCCCGUUCUUAAGCCAUAAUAAUUUUUAAAGUAUAUGACCAAAGCUGUGCUAGAUUAUAGGCAAUUUAUGCUUUUGCUCUGCUUUUGCUGCCAUGACGACUGCAAUAAAGUAUGUCUAAGUCUUUGAAAGAGUUUUAGUCCUGGAUGAAGCUAAAAUCAAAUUGUAACUGAAUAAUUGAAUGCUUUGAGUUUUCAUGUGAGAAAUACUUAAAAAUUACUUUAAAAUCCUCGUGUACAAUCAGAUCUAUUAAAUUUGUUUUC